UCUAUAAAUUUGUUUGCGACCCGGAAGCUCUCUUCAACAUGGCGUACGGAGGACACUCAGAAAACACCAUAAAAUACCAAUCGAGCGUAAAAACUGAAAACGGUAACAUAAAAACCGAAACGCAACAUCAUCUCGCUUAUACUGAAAUGAUUAAUUUCUACAAUUGCGGUAUAGCACAUUCUUAUCAACAUUUACAUCCGUAUUUACAAGAAAAUAAACUUUUUAAUUAAAUUGAUUUCAGUGUAAAAUACCCUUUACAUUACCGUUAAUAAAUAUAUAUAUAAAAAAAGAAGAAAAUCUCACUUUCUGUAUAGGACGUUUAAUGUAUUAACACAGAAUUACUAUUAAUAGUAUUAACUCUAUGGUUUGAUGUAGAAUUACUUUAUAAAAUAUGAAUAAAAAAGAAGAAAAUUUAAACUUCAAUUUGAGGUUAUAAUACAAAUAUUUAUAAAAAUUUGUUAUAAAAUGGUUGAUAAGAAACGUUGGCUAAAUAAAAUACACGAAGAACCUAAAAGUAGCCAGGAAUAUAUAUCCUGGAGUAGUUCUGAUAGUGACAACGAGGAAUUAUUUAUAUCGGAUAUAAACGAAGAAGACAAAGUUUCAUUCAGCAGUCCCGAUAAGUCUCCUAUAAUUAACAGAGUAAACGUCGAGGAAUCGUCUCCUAUUAUAGGUAGUAAACGUAAAAUAGAAGAAAUAAGAUCGAAAUUUAAAAAAUCGAAGGAAUGUCCAUCAUUAACCCAAAUAAUAGACAGUGAAUCGCCCGAAUUUAAAACAACAGAUUCCGGUAGCACGACUACGAAAAACGACAGUGGUUCGAGUGGUAGUUUAUAUUAUCAACCCUGUAUUAAAAAGAAACGAUAUAAAAAGAAAGGUUUGGCGUUUUUGUUGAAAAAAACUUUGGAUUUACAAAAAACACGACUUUCUAUAUGGAAACACGAACUUUACGUGAAAAAAUCGUGUGAUAUCGUUAAAAACGUUGUUAAAUUCAAAGUGAUUAAAAUUCGUGAUGAAUACGGGAACUUAGUUGUCGAAUGUGACGAAUUAUACGAGGGUAGUGGUGAAAAUUUGAAUUUGGUGUUAAUAUUGAUUAACAAAAGUGUAAAUAUCGAUUUAAGGGAAGGUGUGGUAUAUAAUAUGUAUCCCCCUUACGAAUCGAAAAUAGUGACUUAUAAAUCAGAAGAUAUCACUUGUUAUUUCAAUGUGACACGGAUAGUUAAAUAAAUAAUUUAAUUUUUGGGUUAAAAUCGCAUCUGAACUGACACGCAUUUUGAACGUAAAUACACAUGCGCACUUCCGAUUACCCGGAUAUAUCAAAAUCGAAGCCGUCUUGAUGGGUAAAAACGUUCAGGUGACUAUCGAUCGGUUCCACUCGGAGUAUAAACAGGACCGUAUCGAGGAAGAAUUUAAAAUUUUAUUAAAAAUUUUGAAAAUUACACAAAAAAAUUAAUUUCUAUGAAUUCCAGUGACAAAUGACAUAAUUGUACGUAAUAAUAAUAAUUAAACGUAUUAAUCAGAUUAAAAAUUUUAAAAAUAUAUACAUCGUGGAUACGUGCGAAAACUGUCAUGUUUCAUCGUAUAACGUCAAAGUUUGCUCAACCAAAGUGUGAGGUUAAAUUUCACGAUUUCGAACCAUCGCGGUUUUCAAGCAAGCAUUUGAGGUUAUGUUUUGAAAAUUUCAAUAAAAUGUCACAUCAUGUGACUAGUCGUUGUAAUUUCACAAUUUUCGUUAUUUUAAUCGACCUAAUAAAUUUUUUUUCGAUUAUAUUCAUAUUCAAACGUAAUGUUUUUUCCGAUAAGAAUGAAAUUUUCAAAUUUACAACACGAACAUGUGAGGUUAUGUUUCUAAUUCAAUGCUGUUUCAUUACACAAACUAUGACGCCACGUUUCGAAAUUGUAAUGGCUUCCAUAUGACGUCAGAAUUCGCAAAUUGAACGUUUGAGGUUAUGUUUGACAAUUUUAAUGCAAUGAAGUUUUUCCGUGACGUCAUCGGACCGAUUUUUCGUGUUUUUCCCGUGAAUCGAACUCUUGUUAUCAUUAAUUUUCAUAGGAAUCUUCGUGAAGGGUCAUUUUUUACAUAAAAAAAUCACAAUGACUUAAUUGUUCGUGUAACUGAGGUAUGGGGGUUAAAAGUAUGAAAAUAUAAGUUCGAAAACUUGUUAUCAUUUAAAAAUUCGUAAAGAUCGAAAUAAUGGAAACUUUAAGUUAAAAUUUUGAAGGAACCUUCUUAAAAGAUCAUUUUCGUAAUAAAAGAAUUGUCAGUCUUCCAAAAGUUGAUUAAAUGGAUAUACGGGGGUACAAAAAAUGAAAAUACUAAUUCUAAUACUUGUUUCCACUGAAAAAAUUAACAAAGAUGAAAAUAAUGGAAAUUUUGAGCUAAAAUUUUGAAAGAACCUUCUUAAAAUAUCACUUUAUGUAAAAAAAAAACUGACAGUGUCCUAAAUAUUGGCAUAACCAGGAUACGGGGGUUCAAAUAUGACAAUAUGGUUAAUUGGAGGUUGUUUUUAAUCCUAUGAAGUUGUUUAUUAAUGUCAAAUUAUUACGUCACGUAUCGAAACUGUCAUGGCUUCCCAUAUGACGUCAGUAUUCGCGAAACGAACGUUGGUGGUUAUGUUUGACAAUUUUAACACACGAAGUUGGCUCAAAACGAUUUUUUGGGUUUUUUUUUUGAAAAAUCAAACACUCUCCGUUAUAACAAACGUUUUAUUAAAAAAAACGAAUUUCAGUAGUGGAAUUGGAACCUAGGGGUUUUUACGAAUGGCCUAUCGCAAGUAAACACUAUCGUCUCCCUUUCGUCCUUUGGUUUAUCUACAAUCAUUUUAACCGGUGGGGGUCUUCUUAUCUUCCUCCCAUGGAUACCUCUCUUCCUCUGCCACAACCCCGACCGCGGUCGGUUACCUAAUUCACGGUUACGUUGGGCAGAACCAAUGGGAGUGCUACCAUGUUCUAUGUUACUCAACCUACCAACAGUACACAUACAAGUUGCUGGUAAACUGAAUUCUUUUUUCGACGGCGUCAUUAUAACGACGCGAUCGUCUUUGGCUUUUCUUAAAAUCGUAGCGUAAGUACCCGCGGAAUGUACGAGAAAUCCCCCCACACCGGGGUAUUUUUCGACGUUGUGCACCUGCGUACCCAACGGGAGGGCCCCCAAAGGAUAAGCGUCCCCUUCGUUGGGUCGAACUACAAACAUAUACGAAAAAAAAAACCACUAAAUUCACAUAUAUUUAAUUAGUACUCACCCGGUAUUCUCGGUAUGUAACAGGAAGUUUUUAAAAUAUCCCCAGGUUUCAUGUUAACGGUCGCUAAAAUGUAUUUGAGUUUAUCUCCGUGGGCUACCAAAGCGAUAUUAGCAGUUCGACAACCGUCUUUGAUUAUCUUGAUUACUUUUUCAGUUUGUACUUUUCCUUCUUCAUUUGGGCCCACUCGUUUCCAAUCUAUCCAAUGGUAUUUAUGUUUUAUACCGCCUCCGAUUCCUUUUACUAUCAUUCUACCGGUUUUAGGGUCUCUUCCAGCCAAAUUCGUUACGUUUAAUGGUUUCACUGUAUAUUCUUCGGGGUAGUGAACGAUACGACGGAAACAUUUCCCGUGUCCAAUUUGUGGUAAUUCAACUAUUUUUGCUUUGAAUCUGACACUACAUAAUCUGUGAGAAAUAUUUGUUGUAUCUAAUAAACUUAAUUUAGUAAAAACUCGAGUUAGGGAAUUCAUUUUGGUUAUAAUGACAUAAUUGACUCUUCUUCUUUUUUUUCUCUCUAAACGUCGUAAUCAAACCUAUUUUCAUUUCCAAUAAUAAAAAGUGUGAAAAUACCAGAUAAUUAUAGUUUUUUUAAGUAAAACAUUUAAUUAUUGUAAAAAUAUCAUGUUUAUUGUACUUAUCAUAUUAAAAAUCUAUUUUAUAUGAUAGAAAAA